AUGAUCAGACAGUCUUUUAAAAACAUCUGCCAAAAAUGUAACAUUCGACACCGAUCCUCAUCUAGAUAUCCAACAGUGACUCCCCAUGAUAGUGACGAAGAUGACAUCAGUUUGGAUGAAGAAAUAAAAUUUACUGAAAUACUUCAAGAUAUUCAAACAGCCCAAAAAGAUCUUCUUAAGCAAAUAACUGACAUGACCAUUGUGAUAUCAAAAAUCCAGAAGAAGAUUGACUAUUAUCAUAAACAGACGGACAUCCUACAAACCAGAAUAAAUGCUAAUGAAAGCAAACAAGCCAUCUUCACCAACAGUAUCCUCUCCAUGAAGGAAAACAUCUCUACUUUAAAGAAAAAGAUGGCAGAACUGGAAAACUUGAAUUCAUACUCCAAUAUACACUGUUUAGAAAUCCCAGAGGAAGAAACAGGGAUGAAAAUCAUAGAACUGUUUCAGAAAUUUGUACAGCUGGAAGCUCAGAAGAAUACAUCCAUUUCUACGGAUUCAAAUAUGUCUACAGCAAACUCCACCGAAGUUCCCAUUCCAGAAUCAACUUGUAGUCUGGAGGAAAACCCAAUUUCUCCUACAGGUAAAACUCCAAAGAGAAGUAACCCAGAAAAUACAUCAAGAAACUCACAAAAGGCAAGAUCAAAUAUUUACAUGUACCCAGACUUCAGAACCUGGAUCAAGCUAAUGUUUGUUCAGGGAGGGAAAUGGAGAGUUUUCCUCCAUGCCAGCAACUUAGAUGAAUUUGUCCAGUGGCUUCUUUGUAGACCAACAGAACAUCCUGAGGAAGCACUAAUCACACCCCACAGAGAAUCUCUCUUCGGUGGAUUUAUUGAAAACCUGACCAAACUCUACCUCUCUGUUGUGAACUACUUUUACUGCCGUUUUGGCUUCUCAGAAGUAGAAGUAACUCGCCUGUAG